AUGCCGAUUUUUGUUGACUCUUGCAUCAAUCGGGUCAUCGGAGCUUCACCUCCAUUCUCUCACACGACCAAGCUCAACCAGCAGCGGUUUGGGUUGCCACUCACGGAACUGACUCCAACCGCGAAAAUGUUGGACUUCUCCCAAUUCACCGCCGCAUUCCCGACCGACGGCCCGAAGCCAUACGACCAAAAUGGCGUGCGAGAGAUCGAGACCUUCCGCAAGUCAUUCGAGGGUGUCUUGUUUAUCGAUCGCGUUCUGAAGGCGCUCGGGGUUAGCGAGGGCAAAGCAUACCCUCCCCGGGGCGACAGCGGCCUGCGGACGUUGCACAAGCAGAUCUGCGACACCAAGGUGUCAGCACACGCCAAGCUCUCCGCCUUCUACUACCUCCUGCUCGACUACGACGAGCUGCGGGGCGCUCGGUCCGACCUAGCCGAGGCGCUGGCCGAGGAGUCCGGCCUGCCGGCCAACUACCAGCUGCUGAUGCGCGGCCUGUGGCACAUGGACCGCGGCGAGUUCAAGUUCGCCCUCGAGCACCUCGCCCACCCCUCCCUCCCCUCCGAGUUCGCCGACGACAUCAUCACCGUGCUCGUGCGCCACGCCAAGGCCGACGACUACAGCCUACCCCUAGCCUACUACCACACCACCCAGCCGGUGCUCCAAACCUCCGAAGCCCUCGAACUCCUCUUCGGAGCACUAGCGCGGACGAGCGUGGCAGAAGCUCUCUAUUUCUCGCGGGCGCGGCCCGAGGCGGCGCGGCAGCAACUGUUUGAGCGGCUGGUGGGGUCGGUGCUGGAGCACCCCGAGGCGGCCGGGGCGCGCGGCAAGGAGCUGGUCAGCCUGCCGCUGACGGCGGCCGAGGAGCGGUGGUUCCACGAGUAUGUCGCCGGUGGCGGCGAGGGCCGCAAGUCCAAGAACGCAAAGGCCGUCGCGCAGAUGCGCCAGGUCGUCACGGGCCGUCAUCGCGGGCCUAUCCCUGUGGGCGGGCUGGGCGGGCAGGGGGGUGCUGUGCGGGCGGGACGGUGA